AUGAUAGCCCAUGAUCGAGAUUUUGAAAUUGGAAACUUACCCGAAGGCUUGAAUGUCACUGCAUCAGAAGGAGCACCUGGUUAUCUAAAGACAAGCUCGCUCGAGUUGAAACAAGAUAUUGGUCAGUUUGGGUUAGCUGGUAAAAUAUGGCAGAGUGCGUACACAUUACAAGCACUGUUUUCACCUGAUACCCGUUCGAUGAUUGAACCUAGCAAUCCUAUCCCAGAGAUAUACUACAAGAACAACACUACCACAGACACCUCAUCAGAUGAUAAAGAUGAUCAUGCAGUCAAACCAUAUCGUAUACUUGAACUUGGCGCGGGAACAGGGUAUGUAGGCAUUGCAUUAGCGCAGCAGUUACGUCGACCAGUGCAAUUGCUCAUUACAGACUUGGAGCAAGUCGUACCUUUAAUACAAGAAAAUGUCAACAUGCAUUCUACAGACGACGACGACGACGACAAUGCCGCAGAAAUCAUUGUGGAUCGACUUCACUGGGGCAAUCGUGAGGAUGCGAAAAAGCUGGUAGAUCAAGGGCGAUUUGAUCUUGUCAUUGUUAGUGAUUGUGUCUACUUUCCAGAACUAUUUAGCAUGCUAUUGGAUACACUUUUGGACGUUUGUGAUGCUUCUACGCAGGUAGUGAUUGGUUACAAGUGUCGUUCACUUGAAAAGGAAGUUGGGUUCUGGCAAGAUUAUUUUGGAAGAUAUUUUGAAUACGAACCAGUGCGAAAAUUAGAGUAUUCCCAAGAAAAAGACGAAUCCAGUGGAGAAAUAGUGGAAAAGCAAGAGAUUGGGGAUUUCCUGGGAGCAGAAGAUCAACUAUUUGUAUUUAUUGGAAGGAAACGCACGGGAAAUCAAGUCAAAACGGCAGAUGAUACAUUCACAACACUGUUGUUUUGCUCAAUGGGAAUUUAG